AUGUUGGGUUGCUCUCUCGUUCACGAGAGGAGAGCCUUGAUGGCUAGGGUUAGGGUUCUUCUUGGUGAAUUGGGUAUGACUUUUUUGUUGUUGUUGUUGUUGCUCUUUUGUUCUUCGUGGGGUGACUACGUUAGCUUCCUUUUUAGGUUCCUAAGGAGCCAGGCGCUGGUGAGGGGUCUCCAUCUUAAAGCUAUGGAGGUGGCCACCGCUCUUCUGCUCAAGGGGAUGACAAUUAUGCUCCACAAAGCGGGAAUUAGAAGCAAGCGAAAACUAGUGUUGGGCAUUUGA